CUCGUAUCCAUGUACCUUAAAAAAGUGGAACAAUCGCUCAAAUGGAAAUAACAAAACACCAUUUAAGUUUCCAAGCUUUAAACGAUCGAAAUCACCACUGAAAAUGAUGGCAAAAAAAGAUUGCAUUCACUGCUCUAGCGCAAGAACUGGAGUAACACACAGGACGAAGCAGUGCAAGAGAAGGACAUCAUCUGAUAAUCUGAUUCUCCUUUGUUCUCUCUAUGCCCUGUGCUUGAUAAAACCUGUGGCGCAUGCGCAUCACUGGAUACCGAAGAGAAACGAAAUGAACCACUAUGUUCACGUUGGACCAGCACAUAUUGUAAAACGACAAGCAUUUUCGCAGAAGAUGCGCUUCGAAGUUGUAUAUGACGAUAGUAUUGGGGAUUUGGACGAGGAAAAGUACGGUUUAAUUACAGGAAAACUCAUUCCAGAGGCAGUAGAUUAUUUUCAUGAAGCUUUCAGCGUAAAGCCAACUAAACAAGCUAUAAAGUUACAACGGACGUGUCAAAAUAAUGCUUACUUUCUGAAAAACCUAAAAGGAGACUCUGCAGGCGAUAUUCAGUUUUGUAAGCUAAAUUGUGUUAACACGCAGUGCGGGCCUGUGAACGUGCCUGCCGACCACCUAGAUCAAUGUCGCGUGUGUGAUAAGGAUGGUGUCAAGUGUUUCAAUGUCCCGGGUGAGGAGUGGGAGUCAGGAAUGGGUGUAGAGUCACGUGAUUUUAUACUGUACGUGUCUUGCAUCCAAACGGACCACUGCAAUGCGGCAAAUGCAGUAGCGUACGCAUCCUAUUGUCAACAGGAGCAUGCACUCGACAGACCUGUUGCUGGGUUUGCUAAUAUCUGCCCUAAACGCUUAGAUACGGAUCCCAGACACUACCCGAAUUUGCUGUCUACUGUAAAGCAUGAAAUAUUCCACGCUUUGGGAUUCAGUGCGGGACUUUUCGCGUUUUACAGAAAUGAGCACGGUGUGCCAUACACGCCGAGAGAAAAACACGGUCUACCUCCGUACAACGAGAAAUACGGUUUGUAUCAAUGGAGCCCUAAAAUAGUUCAAAGAAUAGAACGAAAGCAAUGGGCGACGCGGCACGGAGACGUGUCACAUCAGGUUCACAUGAUUGUGACGCCACGAGUAAAGCGAGAAGUGCGAAGGCAUUUUAACUGCCCGAGUUUGGAAGGAGCCGAGAUCGAAAACCAGGGCGGUAUAGGAACAGAAUACACUCACUGGGAAAAGCGUUUAUUUGAGAAUGAAGCCAUGACAGGUACUUACACGCAAAAUCCUGUUUUCUCGAGGAUAACCUUUGCUCUUAUGGAAGAUACAGGCUGGUAUAAACCAAACUACAGCCUAGCGGAUGAACUCGAUUGGGGAAAGGGACUCGGUUGUCUUUUUACCAAAGCGAGCUGUAAAACAUGGAUGGAGAAACACCUGCGAGAAAAGCUACCUGCGGUGCCUUUCUGCUACGCCAUCAAGAAAACUCCUCUGCACAUGCGGUGUACCCACAGUAAGCUGUCGGUAGCUUUGUGUAACCUUCGUAAGUACGGCCGGGCCAUACCAGAAGAGUAUCAAUAUUUUAAUCAUCUACCAAUCAGCGAAACAAGCCCAGGCUUAGGAGAGUUCGGCAGUGCGCGCGGCGUGGUUAUUCGAGACACCGCGUGGUACGGUGGCGCUGUUCCAUUAGCAGACUACUGCCCGUUCUAUCAGAAAUUCACUUUAACCGAAACGGAUGGCGCAAAACGUGAAACAACGUGCACAGUGCCAGAGAACGCGCCCGCCCGCCUUGAUAACUACGCUUUGGAACAUUACGGUCCAAGCGCGAAGUGCGUCGAACAAGGUCGCGCGUGGUUGGCCAAGAAGGGAUUUUUAACAAGAACAAUGGUGGAUUGGGGAAGCGGAUGUUACAGGUUCCAUUGCGACGGAGGAUUGCAGGUGGAGGUUGGAGGGGAGUUUUACACUUGUCAUCGCAAGGGACAACAUCUUGAAAUUCUUGGCUCCCUGAACGACUGGAAGAUUAAUGGCUCACUGAUUUGUCCCUCUUGCGAAGAAUUCUGCGGCGUCCAUAAAGGCUGUCCACAGGAAAUGAAAAGUUCUUCCGAAGGGAUUGCGUUUGUUGAAGGAGAGAGACCAAACCGUAGAAACAAUGCUCACAGUUUUAGGAUAUCGACCUCAGAACUAAUUUAUUUCAUAAUUUCAAGAGUCUUUUUAAUUUUUACCGUGAUGGGGUGUUUUGUUCCCGCUUUUCAUUUCUUAGAUAUUUUUGUCUGA